GAUGAGCAGGGCAUCCCUCUGGUGGAGAGCUAUUCCUUUGAGGCUCGCAUGGAAGUUGAUGCUGAUGGAAACGGUGCCAAGAUUUUUGCCUAUGCCUUUGACCGGGGCUCCGGGUGGUUGCUGCACGAGCUCCUGUGGGAGCGGCACAGGGGUGGCGUUGCCCCUGGCUUCCAGGUGGUGCACCUCAACUCAGUGACUGUGGACAAUCGGCUGGGCAACCUGCAGCUGGUACCCUGGGGCUGGCGGCCCAAGGCCGAGGAGCUCUCCAGCAAACAGAGGGAGCAGAGUCUGUACUGGCUGGCUAUCCAGCAGCUCCCCACGGACCCCAUUGAGGAACAGUUCCCGGUCCUGAAUGUCACCCGCUACUACAACGCCAACGGGGAUGUGGUGGAGGAGGAGAAUUCUUGUUCCUACUAUGAGUGCCACUACCCGCCCUGCACCAUGAUUGAGAAGCAGCUCCGAGAGUUCAACAUCUGUGGGCGGUGCCAAGUGGCCCGCUACUGCGGCUCCCAGUGCCAGCAGGACUGGCCUGCCCACAAGAAGCAUUGCCGUGAGAAGCGCCCCUGCCAGCAGGAGCUGGAGCCUGAGCGGUGA